UACCUUGAAACUUAAGAAAAAAUCGAAAGAAAAAUACAUAUUUACAUUUCCGGAUCCUACUUGUUAUAAGAAAGUUCAAAAUAUGCGAUUGUUUGAAUUAAUUUUGCAAAAUAUUUCACCACGGCAAAUUGCCCGAGAAGUAACCUCAUCAAUAGUAAAUGCAAGAGGAGGAAACAUUAUCACGGUCACAGCUAAAAACCUCCUUCAUUCCAUAAUGGAUGCAAUUGGCUAUAAUUAUUAUGUAUCAACAAUUGAAAUAGAAUCGUUAAAUUUCCAAUGGCUCGAUCAAGAAGCUAUGGCUUAUAGUUUUUCUUAUGACUACAAUAACUUUGAUCGCUUUCAACAAUUUCUCGAGGAAAUAUGCAAGGAAAUGAAUGACAAAAAUCUUAAAGAAGAACUCAUUGCAAUUAAUGAGAUAUUUUUGAGUUUUUGUUAUUCCAUCGUCGAUGAACAAUGGGAGAAUAGAUUUUGGGAACCAUUUUCACUCAUAAGUUAUUCUCUUCUUAUAUCGAUGCAUAAAAUAAGAAAAAGUCUUACCGCCGCCGGCGAUGCCAACUUGGUCUUGGAUAGACUUUGUCAUAAGUUGUUUGAAAUCGCUCAAAAAGGACUUGGACAUCCAGAUUCUCAUCCGACUAUAUUGAAGGGAUUGAGUGUACUUUUGGGAAGAGACUACAAUUAUUUCUCCUCUCAUAAUCCCAAUAUUUUCAAAUUUUAUUCAAAUUGUAUGGAAUACGAAUUUUGCCGAACAAGCGGAGCACUUUUUGUUUAUAUGCAAAAUGCUCUUGAGAACACAAAUGUACCCGAUGAGGAAAAGAGGAAUCUUGUGAAUUAUUUAACUGAUCCAGAUAUGAUUAAAGUUUAUUGUGUAUUUGCUCAACAAUUUUCAAAAAAUCAAGUCUUCUGUUUACUUAAGUUUCUCAACUCAUUGCUAAGUCAUCUUCCUCUCUUAGAAUGUUUUUCAAGAGAUCAAGUUCACAUCAUUUUAAGCAAUGCUCUGAAUGAUAGCAACAAAGCUCGUGUCCAAGCUGUAAAUUUCUACUUAACAUUUAUGCGUAAAAGUAAAUUUACAAAUAAAUUAAUAUUCAGAGAUAUUUUGGAAUUUCUUAUGAUGAAAUCUAAUGGAACAGAAAUAUUGGAUUGUUUCAUUGAAUCGCUUUGGGAUGAAUUUCCUUAUAUAACAGAAUUGGAUGCAUAUUUAAAAGUCUUACAAAAAAGUGAUUGGAAUGUGAAGAUACUAAGUGUUGCAGCACAAGCUACUUUGAGAGUUUAUAAAAGACUCUAUGAGGAGUGUGAUAAUAAUGAUCAGUAUCCCGCACGUUUGAGUAAAUUUCUUUUAAAACUGCCUACACUUUUGAUGUUACUUAAGGACAAAUGGCAGAUAAGAGGAAUUCUGUCACACGUCUACUCUAUAACAGAUUUUGAAAAAGCUCAAUUUACAAUCAAGGAGUUUCCAAUUGCUGCAGACAGAUAUGUUAAAUAUGCCCGGCGAUACUUAAACAAAAAUGGUGAAGAUUACUCAAUUAUUCACAAUACAUCGCACAACAUGUUCCAGUUGAUGUAUUACUUUGAUAUGCACGAAGAAAUGGAAGAAUUUGCAGAUGAAGUGUAUUCAAAAUAUCAAGAAGUGGUGCCUAACUUAGAUCAGCUAACGUCGACCCAAAUCGUGAAGUUCCAGAACACUUUAGUUAUGCUUUUAAACGCAUCGAAUAUUCCGUCAGCUAUAAAUGAAGAAAAAUUAUUUGAACUUUUAAGAUCCUUGCAGCCUCAUCUUUACGAAUCAAAUACAUUUCAAGAACUAUCUGCUAAAUUUAAUUGCUUCUUAGAACCAUUUGCAUUAGGAAUUUAUUCUGCUGUUUGUAUCCGUAUCCUCUCCGUGAUAAGUAUUCAAAUGACUACUGAUGAUGCUAAAAUUGAGAAUGCUGUACUACUACAUCAAGUCUAUCCAUUUAUGACUUACCUUAUUAAACGUUUGGAAAAUUCAAAUCAUUCAAAUGAAACAAUUGUUUUUAUAGAAGCGGCAAUUGGAGUCCUGUGUGACCUUUACAUUAAUUUUAAAUUCGAAUUGGAACGAUAUGUCUAUCAUAUUUUAGUGAAUUCUGUAAAUCUUCAUGCUUUCGAAGCACCUAAAGCUAGUAAUGACGAUCGACUCCGUCAGCUGGAAUUACAAGGGAACAUUCUGAAAAGCUUCAAUUCGAUGCAUAAAUUUGUUGAUAUUCCUGUGGCCAUUACAUGGAAGAUUGCUAUUCAUUUCGGAAUGGUACAAAAGUUUGACACUGAACUUACUGAGCUGAUGGACAUUCUCUUGGAAUAUAACUCGGAGAGAUUUCAAAAGCCAUCAUUGUUUGCCUACAUUAUUCCUGUGGCUAUAUUCAACUUGUACCAACGUCAGGUACCGCUUCAUAAAUUUCAGAAAGCAUUAAGAGCUCAUAAGAAUUAUGUUGAGGAAAAAAUCAAAGAUGGUACAGAUCGUAUAAUGAAAAUUCAUAUUGUUCUUACAAUGGUGGAUAUGAUUGAGAGAUCAAUAAAAGCUGGGGAAUUCAAUAUUCAACCGAAUAGAAUGGAAUUACUUUCGAAUAUGAAUAUUCUUCUAACGGACAUCUAUCAAAAGGAUUCGAAUCUAAUUUUAACUCAGACAAGAAGAUUGGAAGGUCAUGCUUUAACAGCUAAGGAACAUCAAACGCUGACAUCGUUUCAAGAACAACUUACUUAAAUUUUUGUAUAGUUUCAGUUUUUGUUAUUUAACAACUACAUUUUUUUUUAUUUAUAUUUACUAUUUUUAAGUUAUUAUUACUAUUUAUUUCGUGAUGAUUAAAGAUCAUAAUACUAUUAACGAA